AUGGCGCAAUCCCUGGUCUACACCACCACCCCCGGCAGCGGCAGCAGCACCCUGCUCGUCAGCCACGCAAUUCCCUCGUACCCCUCGCUUUCGGCCUCGGCCUCGGCAGUCGAUCCUACCUCGACCGCCUCCGACGCCGGCCAGGGCAAAGGCGAAGAAGGCAAAGACGAAGGCGAAGUCCUCGUCCGCUUCCUCGCCGCCCCCGUCAACCGCGUCGACCUGAUGCUCCUCGCCGGCCGCUACCCCAUCAAGCCUAAAUACACGGCCCCCUCCCCGGACGGCACCACGCGGCACCCGAUCCCGGGCUUCGACGGCUGCGCCCUCGUCCAAUCCUCCAGCACGCCGCUCUUCGCCCCGGGCGACCUCGUCCUCCCGGGCGACCUGGGCCUCGGCACGUGGCGCACGCACGCGGUGCUGCCGGCCAGCGCGUUGAUCAAGCUGCCGGCGGGGGUGGACCCGAUUGACGCGGCGUUGAUCCGGUCGGGGGCGCUGAUUGCGCGGCUGCUGUUAGACGAGGUGACGCCGCUCCGGGCGGGCGACUGGGUGAUUGCGUCGGCGGGGACGAGCGGCGUGUCGCAGUUCCUGGUGCAGCUGGCGCGGCAGCGUGGGGUGAAGGUUGUGCUGGUGGUGCGCGACCGCGGGGAGCCGGUGCUGGCUGUGGUGAAAGCCGAGCUGCGUGCCCUCGGUGCGGAUGCGGUGCUGAGUGAGGGCGAGCUGGAGGCCGAGCUGGCCGCCAGGUCGUCUAAGGCGCCAGGUCCCUCGGCCGCGGCGGGGUUGCUUCCUAAGGAGCCCAUUGUGCUUGCGCUCGACAGUGUGUUUGGUCGUGUCGGGCAGCUGCUCGCGUCUGCACUCGCACCGGGAGGCAAGUUUGUGCUCGUUGGUCUGCUUGCCGGCCCGACAGCGACGGUGACGGUGACCACAGACCAUCUGUUCACACGCCAGCUGAGCUUCCUACCGUUUAGGGGGUCGGAGCACCUCAAGCGCCUGGGUAAUGCGCGCGCCGAAGAGUUGAUCUACGAGACGGCGAACAUGUUUAUCGAUGGGACACUGAAGCGGCCCACGGUCAAUGUUGUGGAUUGGACCACGGCCGGCGAGGGAGAGGUCGAGGAGGCACUAAAAAGGGCUAUUCAGUUAGCAAGCGGCAAGGAGGUCGGGCAUAUCAAGACAGUGUGGAGGUUGAAUUAA